AGAAGCUUCAAUUUUGUUUUUAUUAGAAUAAUAAUUUUAGUCGUUGAGAAUUUUACGAAAUUACGAUGAAUUUUUUGAGCUUCUUCAUCCUCACCAUACUUCAUCUUCUAAGUGCAUCUUCAACAACCAAUUUGAAUUGUGAGUACAAAUUGAAUAACUAUGAUGUUGUAGGAUAUAUUUACCAAUGUGAUGUAAUUGGUGACCUUGAAAUUGACACAAAGGACAGUGCCACAAUUGCUGCAGCAUCACAAGGUCAUUACAGUUAUAGAAGCAAUGAUGAUGUGGCAGGUUUUGUUAAAAAGAAAAUAUCAAUGGAAGUUUUUAGGUUCACUUUCAUCCUCAUAAUCCUACAAAAUCUCAAUCUUUGCGAAUUUCUUCAUAUUGACUGCAUCUACAGCUUCCAUCACUAUGACGUCAUGGGAUCAAUUUAUCAGUGCAAGGUUGAUGGCUCCUUCACAAUAAAUUCUAGAGAAACUGCGACAGUUAAUUCUGUGUCGCGAUUGCAUUCAUUUUUACAAAACAAUAAUGAUGUGAUUGGAUUUGUUGCUGAUAAUAAAUCCCUUAAUCAUUUCCCAAAAGGACUUGACAAAAUUUUCCAGAAUCUUCAACUUUUUCGCAUCAGAUACACGUCAAUUCAUGAAAUUAGUCAAUCAGACUUCAAACCAUUCCCAAAUUUGAAGGAACUUGACAUGCAUGAAAACAAAAUCACGGUUCUUGAGGAUGGACUAUUUGACUAUAAUCCAAAACUAGUUUUUAUCUCGUUCUCAAAAAACAAAAUAUUCAGAAUAGAAUCAAGUGUUUUUGACAAUUUGAGAAACUUGAAGUACUUGUACUUGACAGAAAAUGAAUGUAUUGAUACGUUUGCAAAUAACGAUCGAGAUUUAGUUGAAUUGGUUGUUACGAGAACUAAAAUAAUAUGCAACAAUAAGGAUGAACCAACUACACUAGCACCUAGUGCCACAACCAAAUCAGUUAGCACAACAACAGAAGAUCCUAAUUUUGAGGAAGACUACAGUUAUUAUGAAGACUAUCCACCCCGUCCAAGCUACAGAACUUCAAGCAACGGCUCAUCUUUACAAAUUAUGUUUAUCAUCAUUUUCUUGUUGGCUAUUGCUGUUGCUGGAGGUGUUUUCUACUUUUUUUCAGCAUAUGGAUAUAGAUAUUGAAUAAAAUUGGAAUAAU